GCUCGAAGCAAUUAGUUCCGGCCACAGGAAGAAUCACCUUCAGCUCCAGUCUCUAGCAGCGCUGCAGUGAGAAGCUGAAGAGCCGGGAAGAUAGGUGAGGUGAAACUACAACAAUGUCCACGUCAAAGUGUCAGGCCCACGAGAUGGGGAGCGCCUUCAUCCAAACCCAGCAGCUUAACGCUGCCACCGCUGACACCUUCCUGCAGCACUUGUGCCUCCUGGACAUUGACUCUGAGCCCACCGUGGCACGAAACACCGGGAUCAUCUGCACCAUCGGCCCAGCCUCUCGCUCAGUUGAAAUACUCACGGAGAUGAUCAAGUCUGGAAUGAACGUUGCCCGGCUAAACUUUUCCCAUGGAAGUCAUGAGUACCAUGCAGAAACCAUCAAGAACGUGCGUGAAGCCACAGAGGGUUUUGCUGCCAAUCCCAUCCUCUACAGACCGAUUGCUGUGGCACUGGACACCAAGGGACCGGAGAUCCGAACGGGCCUCAUCAAAGGGAGUGGCACUGCGGAGGUGGAGCUGAAGAAAGGUGGGUCCCUGAAGGUGACGCUGGACGACUCCUUUAUGGAAAAGUGCGAUGAGAACACAUUGUGGGUGGACUACAAGAAUCUGAUCAAAGUGGUGGAAGUGGGCAGCAAGAUCUACGUGGAUGAUGGCCUAAUCUCACUCGUCGUGAAGGAGAAAGGCGCCAACUACUGCAUGUGCGAGGUGGAGAAUGGCGGCUCCCUCGGCAGCAAGAAGGGGGUGAACUUGCCAGGUGCUGCGGUCGACUUGCCUGCGGUCUCUGAGAAGGACAUCAAAGAUCUUCAGUUUGGUGUAGCGCAGGACGUUGACAUGGUCUUUGCGUCCUUCAUCCGGAAGGCUGCCGACGUGCAUGCGGUGCGAAAGGUCUUGGGAGAGAAAGGCAAGAACAUCAAGAUCAUAAGCAAGAUCGAGAACCACGAGGGCGUACGCAGGUUUGAUGAAAUCCUGGAAGCCAGUGAUGGUAUCAUGGUUGCCCGUGGAGACCUUGGGAUCGAGAUUCCUGCAGAGAAGGUCUUCCUUGCUCAGAAGAUGAUGAUUGGUCGCUGCAAUAAAGCUGGCAAGCCUGUGAUUUGUGCCACACAGAUGUUGGAAAGCAUGAUUAAGAAACCGAGACCAACGCGUGCAGAGGGCAGCGAUGUCGCCAACGCAGUCCUGGAUGGCGCAGACUGCAUCAUGCUGAGCGGAGAGACGGCAAAGGGAGACUAUCCUCUGGAGGCGGUGCGCAUGCAGCACGCGAUUGCACGUGAGGCUGAGGCAGCAAUUUUCCACCGGCAAGUCUUUGAAGACCUUCAUCGCAUAGCGCCACACUCUAGUGACCCCGUUGAAGCAAUCGCCAUUGGGGCUGUAGAGGCUUCCUUUAAGAUCUUAGCAUCUGCUUUCAUAGUACUGACUGGGUCCGGCAGGUCUGCGCACCUCAUCUCCCGUUACCGCCCUCGGGCACCCAUCAUUGCCGUGACCCGUAAUGGACAGACGGCUCGCCAGGCUCACCUGUACCGUGGGAUCUUCCCAGUGCUGUACUCCCAGCCCGCGCACGACGUCUGGGCCGAGGAUGUCGAUCUCCGGGUCAACUUCGCGAUGGACAUCGGGAAAACCCGAGGAUUCUUCAAGUCGGGCGAUGUGGUGAUCGUGCUGACAGGCUGGCGCCCGGGCUCGGGCUACACCAACACCAUGCGCGUCGUGCCCGUUCCGUAGGCGACGAGAAGCGCCCUGCCCCUAAUGCACUCCUCAUCCUUCGUGUGCGUCUUGUCUCAGGCCACAGCGUGUAGUAUUUAUCACUGGAAGUGCUGCGCACUGGCACCGCUAGAUGUGUGCCUGGCACUCCGUGCUCUGGCGUGUGUGUGGUUUUCUGUUUUUUUUUUUGUUUUGUUUUGGCAGCUAAAAGGAUUGACGGCCAGCUUGACUGGUGGGCCAGACGCUCCGGAGAAGUGCUGCCUCAGCUUCGUGUCUCCUCUCGCUUGUUCCUGUGUGCCCGUCACCCCUUGGACCAGCUUUAUUUAUUGUCAUUCAGUCACUUCAGAUGGUCACACCCGGUGGGCUGGCCUCAAAGGCGGAGGAGCGAGCAGCGCACGGCACACCAGGCCUGCCCCCCCGUGUACUACGCAUCUCGGCGUCUGUGCAAAUGUCUUCCCUCCUGCUUGGAAUUCAAUAAAGUAGUCUGUGCAAUAUA